AUGAGUGCUGCAGAAGAGCAGUUCAUUAUCGAGGAAGAGUGGCUAGAAGAGGACUUCAUUGGCGGCGCAGCCUAUGAAGAAGUCGUGGUAGAAGAUGUGGAGGUGCCUGAAGUGAAACUAACAAAUCCUCUUCAACGUUCAUUAAGUAGUGCGGACUUCUCUUUCGACGGUUCAACGAUUGUUGAGUUUGAUCUUGGAUCCUAUAAUGGGGAGUCGUCGUCUGGGGAAGGGGAACCUGACAAUUAUGAAGAAGCCUGUCGAAAGUUGAUCGAGCUAGUAUAUCCACAAGGAGGAUCCCACGAUGUGGAUGACAUGAUUCGGCGAUGUGACUUGCGAAACCUUUACAGAAACUUGAAACACCAGCACAAAUUUCUCAUUCACACCAAGAAAACUUUGGCGGAAAGUGAUGGAAAACUGGAAAGGUGGGAAUCCUUUGAUGACUCAAAUGGAGCUUUCAGCGUUGAAGCUGUAGAUCAGGCUAUCAUAGCUUUUGGUGAACCUCCUAAUGAAGGUGAAAUACAACACAAACAGGGCAUAAAUGAUGAACAGAAAUGGCCCUACAUUGAAGAUUUUGCAAACCCAUGGGAGUCAACACAACACGAUGAACUGAGUACUGAGAAUCCUAGUAAAAAUGAUGAUCCAAUCAUAGGCUCUGCUGCUGUCGAAGUAACACAAGAUCAAGUCAUGUUGAAGCCGCAAAGCGAGUCAUCUGCUGCUGCUCAAUUGAUUCCUUGGUUGGAGCGAAAUGCUGAUGACCCCUAUGACUAUGAUGCGGCUUGCCGUGAAUUAAUUCCACUUGUUUGCAAGGGUGAAGAUGAAAGUGAUCCCGACAAAAUGCUUCGACGAAGCGAUCCAAAAGAUUUGUACCGACAAUUGAAACAUCAGCAUUGGUACCUUGUCCAUGCUGGGGCUAUGUCAGAAAUCGCCUUUGAUAAUCAAAUUUCGAACUAUGACAAGCGACCAUUACUUGAUGAAAUUUCGGUAAUCAAAGAACGGGACGGCAAAAUACAAGGGGAAAUGCAGGAAAAAUCUCAAGACACCGGAGAAAGUGCAGAAAGGAGUCAAGAUGUGAAUGCAAUGGAUUUGGAGCCACCUGCUCACAUUAUAAGGGGAUUUCGAAAUAGUGUGGAACAGCGCGGUGCCGUACACGGUACGGCUAAGAUUCCUGCUGCGACUCUAGGUGAAAUACCUGAUGCCCGAACAAACAAGCAACAGAACAUGACAAGCAAUUCGAAAGAGACGGAAGACGAAGAGGAGGUGGAAAUAAUAAAAUGGCUGGAUCGAUAUGUGGACGAACCCGACGAUUAUGAAGAAGCCAGUCGAAAACUUCUUGCAUUGCUAUACAGUGAAGACGAAGAAUGUGAUGCAGAAACCACGAUGAGUCGUAGUUCACCAAAGGAAUUGUACCGAUAUUUGAAACAACAGUAUUGGUACCGAAUGCAUAUGGGCACACUUUCCGAAAACACAAUGGGAAAAGGUUUACAGAUGUCGCAUACAACAUCAGAAGAAUCCACGGCGCUACUUGAAAGGAACAAGCUAGUUGCCACCGUCAAAAAUCGCAUCUCUCUUAUUGAAUCAACUGGCGUUGGAGAGAUGUAUCAACAUCAGUCGAGCAGUGUUGUAUCACCAGGGAAAAGCUCACCUGCUGGGACAUUUGCUGUCGCCACUCAAAUGGCGAUUGAACCACAGGUUGGCCAGCAUCCCCAAUCAUCGGAACUUAUUCUCGAAGCUGACGAUCCAAUUGCGUCUGGAAAGUCUAUGCAACAGCUGUCAUCUCUCAUGAUUGAGGACGAAGUUGUAGGUGCUGAUGACAUGGACUCGUUUGAAGCAUCGUCAUCUUUGGAGCCACCUCGGGGACAUCAUUCACAAAUCUUAAUCGAUUACCGAAAAGAACGCUCAGAUAGACCCGACAAUGCUGAGCACCAUGAAACUCAGAAUACGCAGAAUCAAGGAAUUUCCAUGCAUAUUGAUCCUACCAGUAGUUCUGUGCAUUCUGACAAAAAUAGCAGCAGUGACAUACAAAUGAAAACCACCUUACCCCAGGCUAUUUUGGAUCAGGUGAAUGAAGACGAGAUGCCAAAAUUGGGCGAACAGCAUCAAGUUGGGAGAGAAACGCGGGAAAUAGACACAGCGGGUAGCCAUGCGGAUGUGCAACCUUUCUUACAUGGUCCAACUUUAUCAGAUCGCCCAUUGAAUCAUAGCAACGACGGAACACUUGAAACAGGCUCAGGUUUGGAGAAUCCUAGUACAGAACUGAACAGUGAUCGCUCUAGAUUUCGAAAUACAGGGUUGCAAAAGAGUAAGCGCACGGGUUUCACUGAUUCAGUGAGGCGUCAUAGCAGCAAGAGAGCCAAAAGUGAAGUCGGCGCGCCAUCUGGUGGAAUUCAUAAUUCAGGAAAGCCGCUCAUUCCAGGAAAGCACGAGCGAUUUCAAUAUUCCAGUGGGCAAACUCGGUCUCCCUUGAACCAUCAAGACAAAGAAUUCAUGAAAUUGAUCUCGGAGGCAGAGAAAGAUUUGAAUGACUCUUUCGAGUCUGAAGCUAUCGAAGCACUGAAAUUUGCUUCAUUACAAAUUGCAAAUUCAAAGAGAGUAGAGGCCGAAUUUUCCAGACCCUUUGUUUUCUCAACAUUGCUUGCAAAGGGUAUAACUGAUGGGAGCGUGAUUAAAAGUGCUUCGAAGCAUUUUAGGGAUGGGGUGGACUUCCCUCCAGAUUACACAUGCGCUCUCAAACGUGCGGCAACCAUUAUGCUGGAUGAAGAUGCAGAUUCCAGCAAAAUUGGGAAUAGUGUUGUGAAUGUUGAGACAAUGGUGGAAGAGCAGAGAAGGAUGUGGGAGAAUGGCAGUUUCUCAUCCAAUGGUGGCGAGGAAAAUGCAGGAAAGCAGCUUUCUGCACAUCAUGACCCUGGCACUAGAACGAGGAGAAUUAAUGCAAAUAUUGAUAAUACAAACGCCAACCUCCAAGUUGGCGCAGUACUGGGUAGUAGAGAGUCCAGGGAAGCGACGAUAAUCACAGGACGCAGUGCAGCUAACAAAGAUAUUUCUUCAUCUUUGUCUUCCCCCAGCUCUCCUGCAAACUUGUUAUGGCAAGAAGAUAUGAAUCAAGUGGAGCACACCAUUACUUCCAGUACAUUUGAUCCUGUGGAAAUGACCAAGCGACAGCAUCGAAUUGAAGAAGAGCUUUUUUAUAUUGUUUCAGAUGCAGAGAAUAUAUUAGGGGACCCAAUCAGUGAGGAGAUACUGGCAGCAUUAAUACUCGCCGCAACAAAAUCAGCGCACCGGAAACGAUAUGACAACUUUGCCAAGGACACUAUCGUCUACCUCCCAUCUGUUGCAAAAGCAGUCUUGGACAACGGCCUACUUGAUGACGCUGCAAGGCACUUUGGCAAUAAUAUAUCGUCACAAUGUAUAAUCGCCUUGAAAGCAGCGUCUGAAAAAGCGGUUGACAGGAGCUUGGACUACAAGUACAUAGAAAGUCGUGCAGUGACCUUAAAUAUCACAUUCCCAGAUGCAACGAUUCAGCGAUCCAAGAUGUCACAAUCCAACCUGCAGUCUAAAGAUGAUGUUGUGGCACCAAAAACAUCGCAAGCUGAGAAUGAGCUAACCUCUGUAACGGAUGAAUGCAAUGGUGCCAAUGCUGAUGUGUCAAACUUAUUUAAUGACAGAACACACAACAAUGAGGAUGAGGAAGGAUUGGGUUCUACUGAUCUGAUGGAGCUCGAGGAGAAGGCCGAGCUUCAACUUGCACACUACAGGGACACAAAAGAAUGCCUUUUGAAAGAAUAUGCUGAAAGAGAGCAAGAAAUGAGCAUUGAUAAGGAGCGCAUUGCACAAGAGCUUGAUAGUCUAGCAGGUUCCCAUGGACUAGAGCAGUCAAGAGGUGAUUGGAAUGAGGCGUCGCCCAACAAGGCUGCAUUGGCAAGAGAACUGAGGCAGUUAAGGGAAACUCUACUAGCAUCUGAGAAAGAAAGAAUUGAAAAAGAAAGGAAUCAUCCCAGUUCAGCCAUUGGUGGAGACAAGAACACUGGCCUUUUUGGAAUGUUUGGCGUUCAGAGAAGAGCAAUGGAUCUCGAAAAAGAAAAAGAACAACAGGCAAAACUGAUGCAGCAACAGAUUCGGGAAAUGGAACUAGAACAUCAUCUGACGCAGAUUGAAAGGGAGAUAGCAACUGUCCAACAAAAGUAUGACAAUUUGCGGGACAAAGAAUCGGCAAAAACGGUUGAGAUUGCAGAUUCUUCUCUGUCUAGCAAUCAACAUCUAUAUACUAAACGGGGAAGUCUACUGCAAAAGUCUCCCAAGCUUGAAGAAACUUUUCUUGAAGCAAAGAAGAGGCUCAAUGCAUUAGAAAACAGUAGACGAGACGACAAAUCGUGGUAUUGGACAGAAGAAAGAGCAACAAUGGCCAAGUCUGAGGGUUGGAACAACGGGUUGAACCAACAAUGGACCCGAUCAACAGAUCUGAAGUCGUUGGCAUUGGUGGACAUCUCUGAGUCGCCGGUCUCACCUGGGCCUGACAAGCUAUUCAUUGCCGCUGCAAUGGAAGAAAUGGAGGCCAUAGCAGAGCAGCAAGGAAGUGAGCCAUCAUUAAAAAUUCAGCAAAACAAAACAGAUGACCGUGAAGAACACUACCGCCAAGAGUUUAUGGAGCUGCUAGAGUGUGAUGAUAAGGGAGAGAGCGUGGACGAGGACCGACUUUAUCACUUACAGCUAUAUGCUCGUAGAAGAGUGGGGGAAGAGCUGAGUACAAGCGAGCGCUUCAAUUUAGAAGAAUUUGAACGAAAAGAAGCAAAGCUGGAAAAUGAAGAAAGUUCAAAUUGCAGUGUAGACCCAGACAGAGAGAGAAAAAACCCUGUUGACUUGCAAAAAGCGCCUUCACUUGGGUGUGGUAGUAGGAAUGAGGUCAUGAAUGAAGGUGAAUCGAGCUCUACUAAAGGGGAGGAAGAGAAGAAUCACCCCCCUGUAUUGCAACAGAAAAAAAUGGAAGAAUUGCCUUCCAUGCAAGGUCAUCCUCUAGCUAUCGCUCUAAGCCGCAAUUGGUCUCCAAAGAACCAAAAGAGCUUGCCAAUAGAACAAGCAAACUUGUCCAAAGCCUUUGUUAGAGAAUUGGGAGAUGAAAUGAUGGAAAGCCAAGAUGUAUCAAAGGAGACUGACACACUUGUUUCAUCCAAAGCCGUUCUGCCAAUUAAGACGGAUAUCAAUGAGAAAAAAUCAAGAAAAGAAAUCCUUGCAGCAAAACAGGUUGUGGAGUUGAGGAGAGCAAAAUGGGGAAUUCAAAAUGAGAAAAACGCCAAUUCAAAUGAGAAGAAAAAGUCCAAUGAUGCAACUUCUCCUUCUGGCAGUGGGGCAUCCAGAUUGGUUCCUAGCAUGAAUGACAAAAAAAGGAAAGAGAAAAUGGCAGAAUCAAAAUGGCUUGCUGAGAAAACAGCAAAGACGCGAGAGGCACGUCUUGCAAGAGAGACAGAACUUCAGAAGUGCACUGAGCAAGUUAAGCAAAAAGGCCGUAUUCUCUCCGCAAAUCUUGAGAAGCAGUGUUCUGCUGAAGAGCACAAUGCUUUAUCUUCUCUCAACAUUAAGAAGGGUACAUAUGUUUUGAGCAAUGGCAGUAUACACCAAGAGCUAUCACAACACCCGCUUCUUGUGCAUCUGGUCAAGGAGGUGGGACGAUUAUCCAGCUUUAUCUCCAGGUAUGAGAAGAAGCUUGAAACAACCUGCAAAUCAAUUCUUUCUGUUGCCCAGAGAACUAGCCAAGAAGUAGAUUUAAAAUGUGUCCCAGAUCUUGGUUUGCCUGACAUGUACAAUUAUAUUGCAGACCAGCCUUGGUUCAAGGAGCUUACAAGUGAAGACUUUUCUUGGCCGGUGAGCAUGUCAAAGAGAAGAAACAAAGAAAUUGUCACAUCCCAUUUGCUUGCCUUCAACAACCCAGAUGAUUAUGUUGCUGCUGACAGCUCAAGACCCAAUGAUCAAGCAAACUCAAGAAUGUACGCGCUAAGCAACCUUGGGAAACAAUUUAUCAAGAUUGAUGGACCUGGUGCUGGGGAUACUCGAAGAUUUUUGACUUCUCUUGGCUCUGGUGAGGGCUGGUCAAAGCAACAGAUUGUGGAAAUAUGGUCAGACAUUGCGCGUCUAUCAGGGGAUGAUCAGAGUGAUCGCAUUUCUAAAAACAUUGAACACAUCAUGUCAUUUUGUUUGAGUUCUGGAUUCAUUGGAUGA